AUGACAACUUCACUAUCUUUUCCUGUCCUCUCUCUUCCCAGGGUUUUCAAGAAGACCAGCGGCAAUGGGCAUAUUGCCCUGUACUUGGGAAAGAGAGACUUUGUGGACAAUGUGGAUUCAGUGGAAGUGGUUGAUGGUGUGGUUAAAGUGGACCCUUCUGGUCUUGAUGGCAGAAAAGUAUAUGUCUACCUUGCUUGCGCCUUCCGCUAUGGAAGUGAAGACUUGGAUGUGAUUGGGCUCUCCUUCAGAAGAGACAUUUGGAUAAAGCGUGUUCAGGUGUAUCCACCUACAGAUGGAAACACUACAAAAUCACCAAUUCAAGAAUCCCUCCUGAAGAAAACUGGAGAGCAAGGUUGUCCCUUUGCUUUCCAGAUGCCAGCAGAUCUCCCAUGCUCAGUCUCCUUACAGCCUGGGCCAAAUGAUUCCGGCAAGGCUUGUGGCGUGGACUUCGAGGUCAAAGCAUACAUUGCCAAUGAAGUCAACAAUGUAGAUGAAGUUAUUGAAAAGAAGGACACUUGUCGUCUAAUGAUUCGAAAAAUUCAGUUUGCACCAGCUAACAACAAAGCCGGACCCAAGGCUGACAUCACCAAGCAGUUCAUGAUGACUGACAAGCCUGUUCACUUGGAGGCCUCCCUUGAGAAAGAGAUUUAUUAUCAUGGGGAUCCAAUCAUUGUCAAAGUAAAAGUCAACAAUGAAACCAACAAGAUCGUGAAGAAAAUCAAAGUCUCAGUUGAGCAGCUAACAAGUGUAGUGCUGUACUCAUCUGAUACUUACGCCAAGCCUGUUUGCACUGAAGAGUUUGGGGAGACAAUAAACGCCAACUCUACACUGGAGAAGUCCUUCCAAAUAACCCCACUGCUGUCCAACAACAAAGAGAAGCGAGGCCUCUCUGUGGACGGACGGCUAAAAGAUGAGGACACUCACCUAGCAUCCACAACCCUGAGUCAAGGAGACAAGGAGGUACAGGGAAUCAUUGUCGCCUACAAAGUCAAGGUCAAUCUGAUCGUGUCCAGCGGAGGCCUGCUGGGUGGCCUAACAGCAAGUGAUGUGACUGUGGAGCUUCCUCUGACUCUGAUGUCCCCAAAGCCUGCAGAGCCAUGA